AACGUGCACUCCCCGUCCAAGAAAACAAUGAGCAUUGCUUAAACAGUGGCACGACACUCAAGCAUCAACUGUUUGACAGUCUCAGUAAAACUCACACCGGAAGUCAAUCCUGAAGUCUUGAAAUUUGCAGUUCUUGCCUUCAAGUUCUGAAUCAAGAUUUGUUAGUCAUGAAGUCCAGUGCCCUUUGGAUAUUUUUUUUGAGUUUAGAUUUGAUUGAAGCCAACAUUCGUUGUUACUCGUGUGCUCCUUGCCAUGAGUUUGAGCAUUUUGCCGGAGACCUAUCCUACUUUGAACGGGAUUGCUUUUUGGACCGAUCCUGCAUGAAGAUUACAGGCACUGCUCGCGAUGAGUAUGGCUAUGAGCGGGAAGUGAGUGUCCGAGGUUGUCCCGUGAUUUCCGGUCUCACCAAUUUGGAACAGGGUUGCACGGAAACAUCUUUUCAAAUGCUCGGAAUCGGUUGGAUCCAAGGGAAUCUUUGCUUCUGUGACGGUCAUUUGUGCAACACUAGCGAUUGGAACACGAGGAUAUCGAUAUUGGUUAUACUUUCUUGUUUGGGUCUCAGUUUAUUUUGGAAUAAACAAUAAACCCUUUUUCA